GAAGUUUUUCGCUUGCUUGAACUUUCAUUUUGUCGGCGUAAGUUUCCUUUAAGGUCUGACUACUGUUUUCUCAAUUCUACAAUUUAAUCUUUUGGAGGAUUUGAUUGCAUAAAAAUGACAUCAAAUAUGGAACAGAAAGAGCCAUCAAAUGAAACGACUAACACAGUCAAGAGCUUGAAAGAAGCAUAUCCUGGAAACAUCGUGAAACAUGCACAUUGUUUUAUGAUUGUUCGACCUUUGGAGGGAUGCAAAGUUGAUAAAUCGGUGUCAAUUAUUAAUGAUUCGACGUUCAAACAAUCAUCAGCAACGCGCCUCAGACAACUUGCUUUCACAGUCGAUGUAACUCCAAUCGAUGUUGCAUUAACACUACUCCGACACUUUCUGAGUCUCAAUGCAAACUUCGGCAUUCCUGAAAUCACAAUCACGGCAGAGGAAACUGCAUUCUACAAGGCUGCCUGGUCAAAUAUUGGCUGGAGAUCAGAGGAAGAUCAUGAAGUCAAAUAUCAGCUUGUGAAAAAACUUCUCGGUACUCAAGAGCUUUCAGAGGAAGACAUCAAGAACGCGGAUCUCUCAUUCGAAAGUAUCUUUGGCCACCAGAGACUUCGAUGGCUCUUCAAAGAGCAUCCUUGCUUGAAUGUCGCAAGUCGUUUGGUCAUCCAGAAGAUGGUUGAUGAGCCCGACACUGCAUGGAAGAAAGGCGAAGUGGAUCUAGAAACUUUCCUGCGAUUCAACGAAUUGAAAUGGGAUGGAAGCCUCGAAAUAGACCAAUUCAUCAACAGACAGUUUUUGGGUGUAAAGAGGGGAAAUCACUUGCGUGCGCACUUCUCGGCGAGGCCAUACUUCUUUUCAAUUCUGUACGAACCAGGAAAGAAGGGCCGGUCCAUAUCCGAAAUCAGAACUUUCCAAAUGGCUGGAUUUAUGACCACACCUUUGAAUCCAGAUGAAGUGGAAUUCGUUUGCGACGACAGGAAACACACCUAUGUUAUAACCGCCAUAAUUAGGUUAGGAGACAAAAAUGGCCUCAAAGAUGAUAUCCGUACGUAUACCUACAAAGGCAAAGAGAUCAAACCUCACCAGACUGUCGGAGGGCAAAUUGAAGGAACUGCGAGGUCAGAAUACGAAGCGACUGGAAAGCGAUGGUCAAUUGAAGACAAAGGUCGAUAUAUGCUAUUUUACUAUCGAAUUUCGCUUGAUGAUGGAGGACCAAAUCCUGAGACUUAUAUUAUCAAAGAUGGUCCUGAAUUUGAGCCCAGGGAUUGGUGUCAAGAUGAUAUUCCCAUGCACGAUGCUCCUGUCACACCAAAGGAGACCACAGUCGAAUCUUCUAAGAAGGUAGCUGGACAGUUGUCAAGUGGUGAUGGUGCUCUUGGCUCUAAGAAUAAAUCUAGAUCCUUGUCAACUCAAAAUGAUGAUCCUGGAGACAGAAAUUCUGGGGCAAACGACAAAUCCUGCCACUAUUGCGGGGUAUUUGGCCAUCUAGAAGCGAAGUGUUGGAGAAAAUAUCCAAACUUACAUCCAGAUAAUCUCCACCACAACAAGGAAGGUAACUCCGGUCACAAGUCUGAGUCUGGACGUGGAUCUAAAUCUAGACCUAGCCGUGGAUCGGGUUCUGGACCUAGCCGUGGAAUCGGAGUUUCGAGUGUGAGGCGCUCUGAUAGCGGAGCUAGUAAUAAAAGUAGUAAGAGUGUUCGAUUUGAUGAUAGACACUUGUACGACUGAUAGGGAUGGAAUGGGUGCGUGAAUGGAAGGAGGGGAAGGAAGGGCCGACUUAAUUUUUGAGAAAUGGUAGAAUCACAAGAUUAUAACUUUAACAAUCCUUUUGACAACUGAAUUGUGAUCCAACAUAACUUAAAUGAUUCAAUUCCUCAUGCAUCAUAUCCACAUUUUCUAUUUUCACUCUAACGCUAGAACUCAAAUAUAAGACCUAUCCAAAAGAAACAUGAAAUUCGUCAAGUGUAAGCA